AGCUCCUUGGAAUUGUUCACGUCACCACUCUUCCUCGCUUUGCUCAUCACUCACCUUCUUUCUCCCUCUAAAGUCGCUCUUCUUCUUCAUUUGCUUCUUCUUCUUCUUCUUCUUCAUUACUCUGGGGAUGUUAUUCUUUCUUACUAAUUGAAAAAGCCCAGUAGGUUUUGAAAUGCUGGAAAGCACAUGGAAAAUCUAAAGCUAUUUGGGAAUAGCUUUCCCUGUCUUUUUGGUAAAAGCUCGGGCUUUUACUGAUUUAUCAUGUUUUCCCAUUUUGGGUAAGUUCUCAGUGUGGCUGAAACCACAAUUUCAGCUGAUUUGUGGUAAUUUCAAAUUUGAGCAGAAGUUAACUACACCCGUUUUCACUGGAGUGCUUGGAUGUGGCUCUGGGGUAGGCCCCCAAGUGCUUCAGUCUUUCUUUUGCACAGGAGGGAAAUGUUACAGGCUAAGGUGUUCUUUUAAGGGUUUCAAAGGAGAGAAAAGACAGAACUGUGAGGGGGUAGUGUUCCCCACCUCCUUGCGCCAUUAAUGCCUCUGUCCAUCUUGGGGUUUUCUAUGAGGAAUCAUGCCUGUUCACUGAAAAUUACUUGCCCCAUUUAUAAAACAAAAACCAAGACACAGAUUCUUUCUUUUUUUCUUUGAUGAAGUUAUUGAAGCUGAGUGUUUUGUGACCGUCCACAUAACAGGAAGGUGUAUCCCAGAGUAAUGAAGGCCAUGUUUGUCUUUAAUCCAAAAUUGGGUAUUGUGUUUCACCACCAUCGUCAUCUUCUCUUGUGAGUUUUGCUUGUGGUAGCGGCUUUGCCAUUCUGGUUCAGGAGAGAGUUGGCUUUGAGCUAUGGUUAGCGACAGUUCUGAGAGGAAAAAACCAUCUGGGUCAUCUUUUUUGGGAUACAAGAGUUACCAGCUCGGGCCAAAGAUUUGUUUUCUGGUGAUGAUGUGGUGGGAUUUUUGAUUUGCCCACACUACCAAAUCCUUGAUUCUGGUUUUGGGAAUUGAAUGCUUCAAAGAAUGGUGCCAGUUCGAAAAAAUUCCUGCAUCCGACGUUGCUGGGGUCUGAUUUGAGUAGCGGGCUUUUUUAAUUUCCUGCUCAUUGUCUUCUAUUCUUCUUUCAGCUCCAAGGUUGCAUGUCAAGAGUAUGGCUACUGUUCACCAAACCCAAGAGGGAGUGCCGGAGAAUCUAAGAAAACAGCUUGCUCUUGCUGUUAGAAGCAUUCAAUGGAGCUAUGCAAUCUUCUGGUCCAUUUCAAGUAGACAGCCAGGGGUAUUGGAAUGGGGUGAGGGGUACUACAAUGGUGACAUCAAGACAAGGAAAACUGUUCAAGCCAUAGAACUCAAUUCAGACCAAAUCGGUUUGCAGCGGAGCGAACAAUUAAGAGAGCUUUAUGAGUCCCUCUCCGCCAGCGAAAGCAACCCACAAGCUAGGAGGCCAUCCGCGGCAUUAUCCCCUGAAGAUUUGAGUGAUACAGAAUGGUAUUACUUGGUUUGCAUGUCCUUCGUGUUCAAUGUCGGCCAAGGGUUGCCAGGAAGAACAUUAGCAAAUGGUCGACCAAUCUGGCUAAGCAAUGCUCAUCUUGCAGAUAGCAAAGUAUUUGGUCGCUCUCUGCUGGCAAAGAGUGCAUCAAUUCAGACUGUGGCAUGCUUUCCAUUUUUAGGAGGUGUGGUUGAGCUGGGCGUUACUGAGCUGUUCUCGGAGGACCUCAAUCUCAUUCGGCACAUUAAAACUACUUUCUUGGAGAUGCCAUAUGCCAUUGUCUCCAAGAAUUCCAGUUCUUUAUUGGGAAACCCAAUGGAUGAUAAUGAUCCUUUGUGCACUGAGUUUGAUUGCAAGAUUUUGGACACCACUCUCAAUCCAAUUAUAGAGUGUGAAAUUGGUUCUCCGAAUAACGGUUCAAAUGGCAUUGGGCCCACUCAGCAGGGAGAUGAAUCAUUUAUGGUUGAAGGUAUAAAUGGGGGAGCUUCUCAAGUACAAAGUUGGCACUUCAUGGAUGAUGAGUUCAGUAAUGGCAUACAUAAUUCUGUGAAUUCUAGUGACUGUAUAUCUCAAACCUUUGUAAAUCCUGAUAAAAUUGGGUCUAUUCCAUUCCACGAGAGGGUAAAUGACCAUUGUCUUCUCGACCCUCAAGAAUGCAAUCACAUGAAAUUGACCCCAUUGGAUGUUCGGAAUGAUGAUGUGCACUAUCAGGGUGUCCUUUCAACCCUUUUAAAGAGUUCUCAACAGUUGAUUCUGGGACCAUACUUCAGAAGUCGUAAUAAGGAAUCCAGCUUUGUUAGUUGGAAGAAAGAAGGAUUGUUGGAUACCCAGAAGCCAAGAGAUGGUACCUCGCAAAAAUUGUUAAAGAAGAUAUUGUUUGAAGUUGCUCAGAUGCAUGGUAGUUUCUUGCUCAAGUUUCGCAAAAAUGAUGGCAAUAAGGAUGACUUUAGGAAACCAGAGGUUGAUGAAACAGGAGUUAACCACAUGUUGUCAGAGAGGAGCCGUAGGGAAAAAAUAAAUGAAAGAUUUAUGAUCCUCAAAGCGUUGGUCCCUUCAACUAGAAAGGUUGAUAAAGUUUCUAUACUGGACGACACCAUAGACUACCUAAAAGAGCUUAAGAGAAGGGUUGAUGACUUGGAAUGGUGCAGGCAGUUAACAGAAUCAGAAGCAAGAACUAAAGCAAAACCUCAAGAUACCAUGGAGAGGAUAUUCGACGACUCUGCUAACGACAAAAUUGAUAAUGAAAAGAAGCAAUUGAUGAAUAAGAGGAAGGCUCGUGAUGGCGAUGAAGUGGAGCCUGAGAUGGAUUUGAUUUUACCAAACGAUGGCUUGACCAAUGAAGUAAAUGUCAGGAUGAUCGAGAGGGAUGUCUUGAUUGAAAUGAAGUGUCAGUGGAGGGAGGGUUUGCUGCUCCUGAUCAUGGAUGCACUAAGUAAUCUCCAUUUGGAUUGUUACUCUGUUCAAUCAUCCACCCUUGAUGGGAUUCUUACCCUAACCAUUAAAUCCAAGUUCAAGGGAUCAGCUGUUGUUUCCGUGGGCAUGCUUAGGCAAGCACUUUGGAGUGUUGUUCACAAGUGUUGAAGGCUCAGACUGGCUCACUGAUUAUUGGGGGAUGGUGGAAGAUUUUUAGCAUCGAUUUGCUGGUUCAGCAGUCGUAAAUUUGUGUAUUGUGGUGAGGCUUUGUAGAUCUUUGACCAUCACAAACACAAGUUUCCUGGUUGAAUACUCAUCAACAAGAAAUUAAAACCAUUCUGAAUUUUGUACUUUUAAGGCUUUGGCAGCGAUGGAUCGGUGAAUCUACACUCAGCAUUGUGCUCAAAAGGGGGUAAUUUUAAAGCAGCUUCAAGGAAGAAGGGAGAAUGCCUCCUGCAUUCGGCAUUUGGGGCAUAGAAUUUGAAUUUUAGAUUUGAAUUUGUGCAAUUUAACAAAACUAAAUACAAUAUCGUAUUAUGUUUUGUUUAAAUUUGUACAAGCUCAAAUCUAGGACUUUAAAUUAUGUUUCUGGACACUGUUUACUGGUUGUAUGUUAUCAAGUAGAUUGUAUAUUAGGCCUUCGAAAUGAUGAAAAUAAAGAACUUGACCAUGGAUCUUUCA